UGUAGUUCCAUAGCCGGGUCAAGGGCCUUGAGGCGCUUGCUCCACUUACCCACAAAUCACCAAAGUCCAAGCACUAAACCUAGGACCCACCCACCCGCAGAAGCUAUCGCCAGGCGCCGGCAGUCAGAGUAAACAGCAGCGUAUGUGCGAUAUGGAUAUAUAUAAGUAGUAAGAGAGAUAUGUCCGAGGGCAGGAACUGCAUUUCACACACUUCGCCAGUUAGUUUUAUUUAUAUUUAAGCGAGUGUUUUGGCAUUUGUUUGGCUCGCUGCUUAUCUUAUCGAAGAGUGGCUGGCUGACUGGCAUUCUGGGACUGUGGAACCGUUGGAAUUGCUGGAACAGCGAUAAGGGCAUGCCCGACCAGAAUGCCACCAGCAAUUCGUUUCAUUCAGUCGAAAUCGGAGCUGCCUGCGAAUUAUCCACCAUCCAUAACCCACCUUUAAUGAUAGUGCGUCAUUCCAGUUUGAGAAAGAGGAGCUAUAGUCUGGGAUAGAGAGAGAGUGUGGAGCAGCAGCAGGUAGAGGAAGCCCCACAAGUGGCUUGUGGUCAGCGGCUAGAGAGAUACCUUCCAGCGGUACAAGAAGUUGCGUUGCGUCUGACGGAAAUAGGCACUUGACAAGCGGAAAAGUUCUUGCCGCAGAACCAUAUCGUGUUCUUUCCCUGACGUCACUUGCCACCAGAAUCGGAAUCAGAAGAGCAGCAAGAGGAGGAGGAGGUGGAGGAGGAGUAGACUGGUCAGCUGCCUGUGGCGGGUAUACCGAUAAGCCCAAGAGCAGUCAAUCGAGAAGUAGCCAGGGCUGGAGGGAAGACGAGGAGGAGUGGUAGGAGAAGCAAUCCCGAUAAACGAUCCCCAGCGGAAUGCAGGCGACAAAUCAGCGGCCAGUCACGCCUGGAACGCCGGACUCGGCGCACAUUGUUAUCGGUGCCGCAGGAUACGUGGCCCAUGAGAGACGCCAGCAGGGCAAAACCCUGAUGAAUUGUUUCCGCGAUCGCGAUCGUUCUGCGUCCUCGUCGUCGCAGGGCGGAGCUCACCAGCAAGCCUAUAAGCGCGGCCAUAGCGUCACGUCUGGCACCUUGUACCGCCUGGAGGGCUCCAACGGCUCCAUCAGCACCCUGGACAUGGCUGGCCGCAUGGAAAGUGGACGUCCCGAUGCUGUGGUGCUCCUGCGGGCUAAAACUAAGCCGAAUAAGUUGGCACUGCUCAAGAGCAGCAGCAGCAAGGAUCUAACCCGCCUCUUUCUGGACGAUGCAACCAAUACGGCCGUGCUGGUAUCCAACACUAGCCUGGAUGUCUGCUCCUCCAACUCCAGUUCCGGUGGCAGUCCGGCAGUGGCCAGAUCCCGUGGAUCCAGGGAUCGAAACCAGUCUGGAGCCAGGAUGGAGUGCUGCAGCAGCUGCUCCAAGCGCUGGCAGGACCUCAAACAACGUAUGCACACCCUGGAGCAGGAUCUGCUGGCACAAACCAGCUACGGCCAGGAGCUAGAGCAAAAGGUGGCCGACAUGGGACGCCAACUGGCAGAGCUGCUUCAGGAAAGGGACAAGGAAAAGCAACGCGCUGCUGCAGCAGGAGCUUCAGGAUCGAACUCCGGAUCGAGCAACAAGCGUCACCACCCCACAGGCAGUCCCAAUGUACGACCCUCACGUCUGGUGGCCUGGAUGAACCUGGCCAACUGGUGGAAGAGCCGUCCCAGUGUGGAGACACUGCGCGAGCAGCGCAUCUUCUUCGACGAGCCCUGCUUUGACACGGAACUGGAGCUGGUGCUCAGGCACGAUCAGCAUCGUACAGUGCCCCGGAUUGUGGUGGAUUGCUGCGAUCUCAUUGAGCACAAAUACCGCCGAUCCACGCAGCCCAUCGAAGGCAUCUACCGGCAGUGCGGUGACUACAAUAAGAUCCAAACCCUACGGUUUAACAUCGAUGCCAACGACUACGAGGCACUGCGUCAGCCGGAUGUCGAUGUACACACCCUAACCGGCGUGCUCAAGCUGUUCCUGCGCGAGAUCAAGAGUCCGCUGGUCAGCGUUAAUGAGGCCAAGACCUUCAUCGGAUUGCCCAAUCAGUGGUUGCUCACCGAUCUGUCCGUCAAGCUGGACACCCUGAAAAGACUGAUACGUUCGCUGCCGGAAUGCAAUCGCGACACAAUGGACUACAUAUUCGGGCACUUUAAUCGGCUAACUAAGGUGCCACUGCAGCAGAUAAGCGCCGAAACGCUGUCCAUAUCGGUGACACCGACCAUCUUUCACACGGUGCCGCAGGGCGUGCACGUCCAGGAUAUCCAGCAGCUGCUGCGCGAGGGCGAAACUCUGGCGGACUGCGUCAGGCUGAUGAUCGAGCACCACGGUCGCAUAUUCGAGUAAGUGAGCCAGCCCCAUUGAAGUAGGAGGAGGGCCUCAUUCCGCUCUGCCCUGGUCCUGGUGAUGGUGCCUUGGUUCCUAGCCCCGAAUCCCAGCUGCUUU